AUAAUAUCAUUAAGUUUGAAUCUUAUAUACAUGGCAAGAAUCAUUGAAUACACAUAUAGAACUGGAACAAUUAUUAUGAUUCCUCAGCAUAAAAGUUCAGGAACAUCGUUUUUAUUUGUUCAACUUGUGAUGGGAUGUUUUAUUAUGUUUUCUUUAAUUGUAGAUUUUUUUAUUCUCACUACUUCAAAAUUGAAUGUAGCUAACUGGUAUUGGCAGCCUGGAAUCCUUUUCUUUAUAUUAACGUGUGGAAGUUUUUUAUUUACUAUUAUAGAUAUCAUGAUAGUCAAUAAUGAUAUACAAUUGGGUUCUUGUAUGCAACGAUUCACAGAGAGUGAUACCUCAUAUCUUUUACUAUUAGAAAUAUGUCAUUUAAAGAUACGUCUAAAUCAUCUAUUUACAAUGGCUGUAAUAAUGAGAGAUUUUUUUACAAGCGGAUUAUAUGUCACAGCAAGCUAUUAUUAUAUGUUUAGAUUAAUUCAAACAUUACAAAGAAGGGAUUCAUUAGAUACAGCGAUGCAUCUUAUAUCGAAUAACUAUAAUUCUCCAUCAAUGACUCAAUAAAUCGUUUUAUUUAUAGUAAUAAA